UCAUUUGGAGAAUUAGUACAUAUGCCAUUACUGGUGGAUCUCACUGUGGAGGAAGGCCAGAGGUUGAAAGUGAUCUGUGGAUCCUGUGCUGGAUUUCAUGCUCUUGAUGUGGAUUCAGGAUCGGUCUAUGACAUUUAUCUACCAACACACAUCCAAUGUAGCAUCAAACCCCAUGUGGACAUCAUCCUCCCCAACACAGAUGGGAUGGAGCUUCUGGUGUGCUAUGAAGAUGAGGGGGUUUAUGUGAAUACAUGUGGAAGGAUCACCAAGGAUGUGGUUCUGCAGUGGGGAGAGAUGCCCACAUCUGUAGCAUGUACUCAAUCCAAUCAGACAAUGGUCUGGGGAGAAAAGGCUAUAGAGAUCCGCUUUGUGGAAACUGGCCACUUAGGUGUGUUUAUGCACAAAAGAGCUCAAAGACUAAAAUUUCUAAGUGAACGCAAUGACAGGUGUUCUUUGCCUCUGUUCAGUCUGGUGGCAGCAGUCAUGUUUAUUUCAUGACUUUAGGCAGGACUUCGCUUCUGAGCUGGUAGAAGCAGUGUGAUCCAGGAUUGCUGGUCUCCAGGGUCUUCAAGGUCCUGAGAACUUGGAAUUCCUUGCAACUGGAACUCAGAGCUGCACUUUAGCAGCCAGGACAGCUGUGUGUGCAGACCUCAUGUGCUUGGGUUCUCUCUCUCCCUUCCUUCCUGCCU